GCUGCUGCAACUCAGCAAAAGACUUGGAAACUCUUGGGAGGCGCUUCAGUAAGGGCACAGGAGAGAAGAGCUAUAAGCAUCAGGCCCAUUCCCUCACCUCCCCCUGCCAGGAAUGGCAACCCUCCUUCUGCUCUGAAUGACAGGACACCUGAGAUCAUUGCUGAAUAUCCAUGUGGGAAGGAGCCGGUCCCUGAGAACAAGCCCCACACAGUGAGCAUGAAUCACACAGGGCCAGCCAGGAAGGGGUUUGACAUGAUCUAUAAGAUUGAAGAUACACCUCCAUGGUACCUCUGCAUUCUACUUGGCUUUCAGCAUUACCUGACCUGUUUCAGCGGCACCAUAGCUGUCCCGUUUCUCUUGGCUGAGUGCUUGUGCGUGGGGAAGGACCAGUACACUGUCAGCCAGCUAAUCGGCACCAUCUUCACCUGCGUUGGGAUCACGACACUUAUCCAGACCACUGUGGGGAUCAGACUCCCGCUGUUCCAAGCAAGUGCAUUAGCCUUCCUGGUUCCUGCCAAAUCCAUUCUUGCCCUGGAGAAAUGGAAAUGUCCCCCAGAAGAGGAGAUCUAUGGCAACUGGACUUUACCACUGAACACAUCGCACAUAUGGCACCCACGGAUGAGAGAAAUCCAAGGGGCGAUCAUCGUGUCCAGCCUGGUGGAAGUGGUCAUCGGGCUUGUGGGCCUCCCUGGGGCACUGCUCAGCUACAUUGGACCCCUCACCGUCACCCCCACUGUCUCCCUCAUAGGACUCUCAGUGUUUCAAGCAGCUGGGGAUCGUGCCGGAUCACACUGGGGCAUUGCAGCACUGUCCAUUUUUCUGAUCAUCUUAUUUGCCCAAUACCUACGAAAUGUAACGAUUCGGCUGCCAGGAUACAGAUGGGGUAAAGGAUGUACUUUGUUCAGGAUCCAGAUCUUCAAAAUGUUUCCGAUCAUCCUGGCCAUCACGAUGGUCUGGCUGCUGUGCUACCUCCUCACGCUGACAAACGUCUUCCCGAGUGAGGCAGACGUGUAUGGCUACAAGGCCAGGACUGACGCCAGAGGGGAAAUCAUGUCGACUGCACCUUGGUUCCGCCUCCCCUAUCCAUGUCAGUGGGGGGUGCCCACAGUGACAGCUGCGGCCGUGCUGGGAAUGUUCAGCGCCACCUUGGCCGGGAUUAUCGAGUCCAUUGGGGACUACUAUUCCUGCGCCAGGCUGGCGGGGGCUCCGGCACCACCUGUCCAUGCUAUUAAUAGAGGCAUUUUCACGGAAGGAGUUUCUUGCAUCAUUGCUGGGUUGCUGGGAACAGGCAAUGGCUCCACCUCCUCCAGCCCCAACAUUGGCGUCUUGGGCAUCACAAAGGUGGGCAGCAGAAGAGUGAUUCAAUAUGGAGCUGGUAUCAUGCUAGUUCUGGGAACCAUUGGAAAAUUCACAGCUCUGUUUGCCUCACUCCCUGACCCCAUCCUCGGAGGGAUGUUCUGUACAUUAUUUGGCAUGAUCACAGCUGUUGGCCUUUCCAAUCUGCAGUUCGUUGACAUGAACUCCUCUCGCAAUCUUUUUGUUCUGGGAUUCGCUAUGUUUUUUGGGCUGACACUGCCAAACUACUUGGAUUCACACCCCACUGCCAUUAACACAGGUGUGCCUGAAGUGGACCAAAUAUUAACAGUGCUGUUAACAACAGAAAUGUUUGUUGGGGGUAGCAUUGCCUUCAUACUGGACAACACCAUUCCAGGGACGGAAGAGGAACGAGGACUGGUGCAGUGGAAGGCAGGAGCGCAUGCUGACAGCAGCAUGUCUGAAAACCUGAAAAGCUACGACUUCCCAUUUGGGAUGAAUGUGGUAAAAAGGAUCCACUGGCUGAAGUAUGUGCCAGUGUGUCCAGUUUUCAAAGGAUUCAAGUCAAGGACAAAGAAUCAUGACGCAACGGAAGAUGCACAAGACAACACAAACAACUUAGCCGUAUGCACGAAGGUCUGAAAGAACUGCAUAGAGGGUGGCAUGGGCAGAACAUGGGGACAGGCACUUAUUUCAGAGGGCCGCUUAAUGAGUUUUGUUGAGCUGUUGAGAGCCACAAGGGUAGCCUUGCCCCUUGACAGGAGCCCCAUCCCCUGGUUGCCAUCUUGGGACCAGAAGACCUGUCCCCUAGCCCCCAACCUUUGCUGUCAGAAGUCCCUCCCCUUGCCCCCAGAAGUACUGCUUUUGGGAAGAGGGAUUUGCCAUCUUGGAACCAGAAAAGCCCCCACAAAUUCUAUACUUAGUGUUUGAUUUUUUUUUUUUUUUUUAAAAUCAACAAUGUAUUUUAUUUUAAAAAAAAUAUUUGUCUGUGUGUGGGUGAUUGCAUAAUACCUCAAAAUGAA